GCCACGCCCAUGAAGGAGAGGCCACGGUGCCUGGCUAAGUUUUGGAAUCACGUUACGUUACUCCACACGCACACACGCACAAGCCGGUACCGGAGAAUUAGGUGCAUAAUUACAGUGCUUGCAAGACUUUGUAGUUCGUUGUCAUUAACAUCAGACAUUUGGACACAAUAUACUGUAAAAUGUGGACGACUGAUUAGCCUUGACCCGAGGCAGCACUGUCAUCAGGCAGGUCUUGCGUCCCUUCACCAACCAGACAAUCUUCUCAACAUCAUCGUCGUCAUUUCACAGGAUCAUGUUGCAUUUGUUGUUUGUCAUCCUGAUACUGUCAUCAAAAGUCCAUGGCCAAGGUCGUCUUAAGCUGACGGUCCUGUCCGAAGACAGAUUGCAGAUGAAAUGGAAAGAGAGUGAGAGUCCCGUUCAAGGCUACAAGGUCCGAGUAAGACCCAUCUCAGACGUGCCACAGCCGGAGCUCAUGUUGACCACCACAAGAGGGCGAGCAACUGUGGCAGGAUUGGACUCAAGUCAGGAGUAUGCCCUCCAAGUUCUCGUACUUAAUGGGACCAUGGAGAAACUUCUGGCAAAGCGUCGAUUCACCUUGGACAGUCUCCGGGAGGAGGAGAUGGUCCGUAAUGGCCAUAAGAGGAAGCUGUUGCCUGGUGGCUCUGGAUCAGGAGACCUGGAUGAUGGAACGGAGUCUCUGCUGACUCUGUCUACUGUUCUGUAUCCAGACCCCCUAACCACAACUGUUUCCACCAUCAAUGCAGAGCCACCCACUGUAGAACCCUCUCUUGCACCCAUGGAUGAGCCGCAGGACAAGUCCAGCAAAGACAAAAGGAGGAGGAGGAAAGAAAAAGAGCGGGAGCGCUCCAGGGUGGAAAUCAAGGAUGAGCAGGGAACCGCAGUGGGCAAAGAGGAGAAAGCACACAAGACACCACUUCCAACCCAAACGGUUACAGGUCCGUUUCCGAGGAAACCUUUCGAGUGCGGCACCGAUGCUGCAGCAGACAUUGUGUUUUUGGUGGACGGCUCGUGGAGUAUUGGACGCACCAACUUCAGGCGGGUCAGGGACUUCUUGGAGGGACUGAUGACACCCUUCCGCAUCGGGCCCAACCACAUUCAGAUUGGCCUCAGCCAGUACAGUGGAGACCCACGAACAGAGUGGCAGCUGAACAAUUUCACCACCAAAGAACAACUGGUUGAAGCAGUAAGGAAUUUCAGAUAUAAAGGAGGAAACACUUUCACAGGUCAAGCGCUGCUCCACGUCAUGGAGGAGAACAUGAGGGUGGAAGCGGGCGCGAGGUCGGACACACCUUUCUUCCUUGUGCUCUUGACAGAUGGUAAAUCGCAGGAUGACGCUAUUGCGGCGGCAAACCGACUCAAGAAUGCGGGAGUGGAGAUCAUCGCUGUAGGGGUUAAGAAUGCCGAUGAAGCCGAAUUGAGGCAAGUGGCUUCAGAACCGGUGGAUUCAAAUGUCUUCAACGUCAACGACUUCCAUCUGCUCAGCAAACUGGUGGCCCGAUUGGUUCAUAUCCUGUGCGGGAGAAUAGAAGAUCGCGGAAUCAUAAAAAAAAGUGAACCGGAACCUACAUCAGACCCGACCCUCUCUUACCCGAGUCCGACUGACCUCCGCUUCUCCAACCUGGGCUCCAGAGAAGUGAUGCUCCACUGGACCAACCCUGCAAAGCCCGUCCAGCAAUUCAGGGUGGUCUACCAUAGUGCUGAGGGUCAAAAUCCUCAGGAGGUGGUGUUGGCUGGCUCACAGUCAUCUGUGCUGCUUCAAGGCCUCUCUUCACAGACACUGUAUCAUGUAUCCAUUUUUCCUGUGUAUGAACAAAGCGUUGGCCUGGCACUCAGGGGAACUGUCACCACAGUACCACUCUCUAUGCCAAGCAACCUGGAGGUGACGCCUUCCUCGUACAGCACGCUGCGAGUGAGCUGGGGUGCAGCGCCGGGGGCCACCGAGUACCUGAUUCUCUAUUCGGCGCUCAACCACGGAGAGCCUGAUGAUGCCAAGGAGGAGAAGUUUGGUGCGGAACGGACAAUGUUGGAGCUGGCCACGUUGCAUCCUGCAACGGACUACUCAGUCACUCUUUAUGCGCUCUACGAUGAAGAUUCCAGCGAUCCAGUCACGGCUGUUGCUACCACAUUUCCUCUCCCGCCGCCCGCGAGUGUGAGCUUUCCUGUGGUGACCCACAGUAUGCUGAGAGUAAGCUGGGUGCCUGGAGCUGAGGAUGUCCCCGGCCAUAGAAUCACUUACAGCACUAACCAUGGCAGUGAAGUCAAGCAGGUGGAGGUUACCGGGCAGAGCUCUGUGCUGGUACAGAGCCUUUCCUCUCUGUCCAGUUAUCUGGUAUCGGUCCAGUCUCGCUACCCACAAGGCCUGUCUGCAGCCCUCACAAGUAACAUCACCACAUUGAAAGUACCCGCUCCUUCAGACUUGAGGGUGACCAAUUUUUCCGGUAGUGACAUCACCGUACGUUGGGAGGCUGCUGCUGAUGAUGUGAUAUCUUACCUCAUCAAGUGGAUCUCCCUAGGUGGAGGCGACUUGAGACAGCUGAAGGUGAGUGGAGAGAGUGAAGGGGUCAUCCUGGAAGGGGUGGAGGAUGACAAAGAAUACCAGAUCUCUCUGUCUGCACUGUAUGGAGAUGGAGCUCAAAGUGAAGCUGUGGCUAUACGCUAUAGCACACUGGCUGGUGGGGGUCCGUCCAGCGUGUCCGUCUCCGAGGAGACGCCGGUCAGCAUGCUGGUCAGCUGGGUUCCCCCCAAUGCUCAUGUCUUGCAGUAUCGCGUCUCUUACAGUGCACUGACGGGAGCUGAGAACCAGGACAGCUCUGUGUUGGUCCCGGGUGGUGAAAAGCGCGUGGUGCUGGACUCGUUAGAGCCAGACACACGAUACAGCAUCCUGGUCACUGCUGAAUACCACAACAAAGAAGGAGGCGGUGGUUCGGCUCAGGGCAAAACCACCAGUCUACGAGUAAGCAGUGUGAGCGUUGUGCGCUCAGACCACUCCAGUAUCUGUGUUUCUUGGAGACCGCUUUCAAUUGUGGACGGAUAUCGGAUUGUUAUUCAAUCCGUCAAAGACAAAGUGUCUAUGGAGGAAAGAGUGGACGCCUUCACCAGCGCUCAGUGUUUCGCCGGACUACAAGCGGAGACGCUGUACCGCAUCAGUGUGCACUCAAUUCUGGGACCAGUAGAGGGUGCUGCCGUCUCCAUUCUGCAUCCAACAGCUCAGGCCCCAGCCAAAAGUCCUGUCAAUCCUCGGCUAUACCCAGUUCAUAAUGAAGUUUGUCCCGAAGUCACCAUCAGAAACAGCAUCGUUAAAGGCUUUGACAUGAUGGAAGCAUUUGGCCUCACUCCAAAAGCCCACUCGUCUGUGGAUGGAGUCGCCGCAGAGCCUUUUGUCUUCAACACACUUCCCGCCUACACUUUGUACAGAGACAUCCAGCUGACACAAAGCACCAAGUUCAUCCACCCCGUAGGCUUCUCUCCCGAGCACACCAUCAGUAUCGCCUUCCGCCUGCUACAGGAAACGCCCAAAGAGCCCUUUACCCUCUGGCAGCUCACAGAUAAUGACUACCAGCCCAAGAUGGGUGUGGUGCUGGACCCUUUGAGCAAGCAGCUUGUGUACUUAAGUCUGGAUUACAGAGGUGAAGUGCAAGAGUUGACCUUUGACCAGCCGCAGGUCCACAGGCUGUUCUACGGUAGUUUUCAUAAGGUGCACCUGUCUGUCAGCCAAGUGGGCGUGUCCCUGUCUGUGGAUUGCCAGCACGUGGGUGAAAGGCCCGCCCGCCCUCUCGGCAGUCUGCCUACGGACGGCUUCGAGAUGCUGGGGAAGUUGACGAGGACCAGAGGACCCCAAAGUGGCUCCGCUGCGUUCCAACUGCAGUCAUUUGAGAUAGUGUGUAAUACGACGUGGGCUACGGAGGACACCUGCUGUGACCUGCCCGGAGUGAGAGACGAGGAUAGUUGUCCUCCUCAGCCCUUCUCAUGUACCUGCUCCUCCGACAUCCCAGGAGCUCCCGGUUCCUCUGGUCCUUUGGGCAAGCCUGGUCCUCGUGGUGAUAAAGGUGCUAAGGGUGAACAAGGACACAAGGGUGAGAUGGGUCCUCCUGGAAAACCUGGACUCGAGGGAAGUCUUGGAGCAGUGGGCAGCAGAGGGCCUGAAGGAAUAGCUGUGCAAGGCAAAGUAGGUCCACCUGGAAAAAGAGGAGAAAAAGGAAAUCUUGGAAGAGUUGGACUACAGGGUGUACCAGGCCCUCAAGGCCCCAAAGGGGAAAUAGGCCCUCCAGGCCCCAUGGGCAUCCGAGGUUCUGAAGGCAACAUGGGCCCCCCUGGCCCUACUGGAUCAAGGGGUUUCCAGGGCAUGCCAGGACACCCGGGACCCAGUGGAGAGAGAGGCUACACUGGACCUAACGGCGCUACGGGUCUUCCAGGGAGUAAAGGGGAACAAGGAGAGAAGGGCGAACCUCAGUCCAUGGCCAUGAUCUUCCAGCUCGUCACAGAGGCGUGUGAACAACUUGUUCACAAGGAGGUGAGGAAGUUGGAUUUGUUCAUCGAUGACAUGAGUCGGAAGCCGGUUCCCGCAGAGGAGCCCGAGGGGCCUCCAGGGGAGCCAGGGGUACCGGGUGCCAGGGGUCCACCAGGCCCCAGGGGCAACCAGGGGAAUAUUGGACCCCAAGGGAGACCUGGCAAGCCUGGGUAUCCUGGAGAACAAGGAAGAUCAGGGUUGCCAGGAGAAAAAGGUGAUGCCGGGACUAAUGUUCAAGGACCCCCGGGGGUCAGAGGCCAUGCAGGUCCCAUCGGUGAGUCCAAGAUUGGCACGCCAGGGCCCAAAGGAGAAAAUGGAAAGUCGGGACCUUCGGGGAUUCCCGGCGCUCCUGGCCAGCCGGGCGAGAUCGGACCUUCCGGAGCGUGUGACAGCAGUGGAGGCUGCGACAGAUUUUCUCAGCAAACGGAAGACAAUUAUUUCGGCUACCAGCCUUGAGAGAAAGUUUGAAAUAUCAAGUGGUGAUGACGUCACAACAGUACACCUGUUUACAUUGACCAUGCUUCUGGAGUUCAGCGCAUGCCAGUAUUGCGCUCCUGAGCAUCAGUCAUCGGAGAAAGCCAAAAAGAAGAAGGAAGAGGAGCACUUGCCUGUGAUGUCACACUGGUCUAAGGAACCAGCAAGCACGAGUGUUAUUGUUUUGAUAAGGAUUCGAGUCUUCAGCAACCGCUUCACCAAGCUCUUUCUGCUUGGAACCCUUAGGUGCUGUUUUAUAAGCCAAUUUCGCACUGAUACAAUUUUUAAUUAUUUUAUUAGUUAUGCACUGUGUUGUAGUUUAGUCAUAUGUCUUACAUUUCGUUUGAGUUUCCAUUCUAACCUGAACUGCCUCAAAAACAAUGUUACUGCAUAAUCCAUGGUGUAAGGUUUAUAUAAUGAUCCAUGGCACAGAUGACUGUGAGAAUUUUGUGUAUGAUAUGUAUAUUGUUAAAUAUAUUGAGUGUAUACAGUUAUUUGUGUUAUUUGUGUUUUUUUGGGGUAAGUUUUUUGCUGAUAUUAAACUUUAAAUCAUUG